AUGGAUGUCUCUGUUCUACUCGGUAACAUUGCAGUAUCGAGCUUCCUUUUGAGUGCAAUUGCUGGUGUCAUCGCCGAUAGGAUUGGGAGCCGACAGCAACCGUACCUGGCAGGGAUAUUUUCGCUAUUACCCUCGAUUAUUCUACUUGCAUUUGGGCAAUCGAUCGCUAUGAUUGCGUUUUCCAGGAUAUUGCAAGGAAUGAGUAUUGAUGUUGUUUGGGUUUUUGGACUUACCAUAAGUCCUGAGAUUGUUGCAGCGGAUAAACUUGGAACGGUUCUUGGCACAAUCUUCAGCUUCGCCCUCCUGGGUGCACAAGGAGCGCCUAUGCUGGGAGGCAUCCUGUACGCAAAGACAGGGUAUGCAACCGUUUUUGCAGUAUGCAGGACGCUUAUUGCAUCGGAUAUAAUCCUACGGUUCUUAAUGAUCGAGAAGAGAGAACUUGCUUCACUCGAGAAGGAAUUGCCCUCGCCCUCAGCAGAAGCCAACUCGGCGAUCUAUGAGCUUUCACGACUGUCACACUGGCUGACAUGUCAGAUGCCAAUCAUUUACACCUUUUACUCAUUACCAGUACUGCUCACUGCAUUCUACAUUGGCUUUGCUCAAGCUUUCCUUCUGGGCUACUUCGACACUACGAUUCCGCUACUCGCACUGGAGUAA